AUGUACAAAAACAAGGAGUGUGGCCUGCAACGCUCAAAUGCUACGGAUGAAUACCGCCAGCAACCAAAACACUGCCAUCACUUCCACACCGUCAGCGGACGUUCGGGGCACGGACCGACUUCACAAUACACAACCACUACCGUCGCCGCCACCGCCACCGCCACCACUGACAACAUAAAUGAGGACACUCCUACCUACCUGCAAACUAUUACAACCACUCCUCCUCCUCCUCCUACUCCUACUCCUCCCUCUACUCCACCACCAACACCAUCACCACUCGAUGCUUGA